CGGGAAUCGAAUGGUGGGGGUCUCGACUUAUCUUGAGGCCGCGUGGAAUUGCCAGUCCAGUCGCGCAAGGAACAAACAGGUGUUAGGAUCUGAGCAACUUGCUACAUCUGAAAAGUGAUCCAGAAUAUAGACUCUAAAGAUGAAGACCUGGGUUUUAGGACUGCUCAUGUUGUUCUGGAUGACCAUCUCGCUCAGCCAUGAAGCAACUCAGGAGAUCAACCCAUUCAGUUCAGGAAAAUCACACCACACCGAUAAUCAAUGGAGAGCUUCAAAUAAUUCAACAGGACAAAACAGAGCAUUUGAUGUUCAAGGUCGUGGUAAAAAAGAUGACAAAAUAAUGCACAGCAUGUACAUGGGGAUGAUGAUGGUCAAGGCUUUCUUCAGCAUCAUCUUCAUGUUUGUGAAUGGAAUCUUCCAGUUGAAAAGCUUUGGUUUUUCACUUCUGAACGCCAUCAUUAAUAUCGGACGAUUCCUGAUGCAGUAUAACCAACAUCACCAUGAACAGAAAGUUGUUAAACUUCCUACAGACUGGGCAAGCAGUGGAUAUGGAUACGGUAGCUCAGCAUAUGGUAAUUCAGCAUAUGGUAACACAGCAUACGGAAGUAAUCAGAAUUUCCAACUGUACCCUUCAGCUUACAGUCACCAGGAACAAUACCAACCAGAAAUCGCGCCGGCUGAUAAAGUCUACAGGGUACAAUCAAACCAGGAGGGAAAUCUAGUUGCUAACUCAAUGGCAUAUUCUGCAUAUGCUGGCAAAAGUGCUGCAACAAGAACAUAAUAUUUGUUCCGUACCUCCCGACUAACCUCAUUUGGAUGCCAAAGUGAAAAACAUCAUAUGUAAAAUGUUAAAACAUUCUAUUUAUUUAAAAACAUCAUAAAUGUAAAAUGUAAAAACAUUUUAUUUAUGUAAAAACAUCAUAAUUAUGUAAAAUGUAAAAACAUUUUAUUUAUGUAAAAACAUCAUAUGUAAAAUGUAAAAACAUUUUAUUUAUGUAAAAACAUCAUAUGUAAAAUGUAAAAACAUUUUAUUUAUGUGAAAACAUCAUAUGUAAAAUGUAAAAACAUUUUAUUUAUGUAAAAACAUCAUAAUUAUGUACACAGUUUAAAUUUAACCUUUAAAUUAUUACCAGGCCAUGAUUUUUUUCGGACAAAUUAAAGAAGCUAUGACACCAAUAGAAUAUCAGAGAUGUUACGAUAUUUAUUCUGCUAUAAAUAACUUGUAACACAGAGCAGAUUUGUGAGAACAAAUAUUCACUUGAAUGAAUAAUAUUGAGCAUAUUAUCAUAAAAUCUCUAGUAUUUAUUGUAAACCUUUAAAUUAUCACCAUAUGCCAUAAUUUUUUCGAACAAACUGAAGAAGCUAAAAUACCAAUAGAAUAUCAGAGAUUUCAAUAUAUUUAUAUUGCUCUUAAUAACUUGUAAGACAGAUUUACAUUUUAUUUAUGUGAAAACAUCAUAUGUAAAAUGUAAAAACAUUUUAUUUAUGUAAAAACAUCAUAUGUACACAUUUUAGGUUUAUAUUAACCAACGCCUAGCCCGGUACCAAGAUAGUAUCAAGCUUAUAUAUUAACAAGCUUGGUACCUAAAUAUCAUGGCCAUGUUGCACAAAUGCCUGUUAAAUUUUAAUAAUGAUCAAAUGCUACAAGAAGCGAUCAGAAAAAAUGUUGUUUUUUUUAAUAAGACAGGCCUAUCUUAUUGUUUCUUGUGUCUCAUUUAAUCACGCGGUUAAAAUUUAACAGGUUUUUGUGCAACCGAGCCUAAUAUGAUGAAAUGAUUUUAAUCAAAAUACAUCCUAGCCAUUCAAUCUCUUAUCAAGGCUUUCAAUCAUUGAAACGCAUUAUAUUGAGCAUAUUAUCAUAAAAUCUCUAGUAUUUAUUGUAAACCUUUAAAUUAUUACCAGGCCAUGAUUUUUUUGGACAAAUUUAAGAAGCAAUGAUACCAAUAGAAUAUCACAGAUGUUAAGAUAUUUAUAUUGCUCUUAAUAACUUUUAUGACAGAGCGGAUUUGUGAGAACAAAUAUUCACUUGAAUGCAUAAUAUUGAGCAUAUUAUCAUAAAAUCUCUAGUAUCUAUUGUAAACCUUUAAAUUAUUACCAGGCCAUGAUUUUUUGAACAAACUGAAGAAGCUAUAAUACCAAUAGAAUAUCAGAGAUUUCAAGAUAUUUAUAUUGCCUUAAAUAACUUGUAACACAGAGCGGAUUUGUGAGAACAGAUAUUCACUUCAAUAAAAUCACUUUUCCUUUAAUAUAAAAUAGAAACAGUAGAUACCGUAGUUUACUUUGUAGACUGUCCAUGGAACAAAACUCUGUGUUACAUUGUACCUGGAACAACACUACAUAGUCUAGAACAUGUAUUAGUGCUUUAACAUCAAACAAGAGUUAUUUAAAUUUGAAAUUGUCUAGUUCAACGAAUCAGUUAUCUUUGACUUAGAAAUAAGGAACCGGUAGGCCUACACAUAACUUAGCCACCAAAUAUGUUUACAAUAUUUUUUUGUAAACUAAUAU